AUGCGAUCAAAAGUAACUGAAUGGCUUCUAAUGAAUGGAUUUUCGACAUUGCAUCGAUUUGAAAAGUGCUCGGACUCGGAGCUGUUUGUCAUACCAGAAGCCGAAUGCCAAUCCUGCAAACAUGUCAAGUUCGGAUACAAAGAUCUGCCGACAUUCCUAAUCGAAGAAGCUUCCGAUUCGGAGAAUGUGGAUGAAACGAAUGAGCAGAAAUCGUGUGUGAUCUACCCCGACAGCAUUACGAGCACCGGCUCGUUUUCCACAAACCGCAAACGGGGAUUCAUUGCCCGAUACUAUUCGUCGCCGUGCUCCUGCCUUCGAGCUCUUGCGAGAAUAUGCGUCGAUUGUUUCGUGUGUUGCAAAAAAUAA